AAUUUGCUGCGAGCAUUAGGGCCAGUCCAACCGGUGGGAUCGUGGAGCAGAGAGACGGCUGAAGAUAACGCAUGCUUUGGAUGAGAAUAAUCCAAAUGAUGCGCAACAGCAGAUAGGCGUCCAUUUCCAAAACCGGGACUCUUGUUUUUUUUAAUCACUUCACAAGUUUUCAAGAAAUUAUGAGAGUGGAGAUGCUUUUCUAGCUCUUUGGUUUUGUUUCUCUCUUAUUGUUUUAAUUCUCAACGAAUGCUGAAGGAUUCUCGGAUUUACAACCCGUGUGUGUUUUACAGAAUAAGGAUUGCAUUACGCACUGACUAAAGCCCAGCGAGCAUCAACAUGUCUUUAUGAGGAUGGAGCUGUGGACACGAGUGGCAUCUUUUCCGUUUUAAACAGCAAUUGUUUGGUUCCUUUGGCUCGGAUCUUGACUGGUUUCUCCUGAAACACUGACUAUUUCAUUCCCACUUCAGCCUGAUAUGUUGGAGGGUUGAUCUUCGGAGGAAAACAAGGUAAUGGGAGAGAAAUCACACAGAACAAGGGAACAUUGUUCGGAAAAAGACAAUUAGGGCGCACCGAGAGGCAACAGAAAUAGCGCUUGGGUGGCGGUACAUUUCCGAAAAUUCGAUUCAGUGGAGUUAUAUUUGAGCUCAGGAGCACUGCUUUGGAGAAAGGACUAAUGAGAAAUUAAUGGAAAAGUCAUGGGAUCGGCACUGAAAUAGUACGACCGUGGACGCGCAGAAAAACCGUCGUUUUUGGAGAUCCUGACGCACGGAUUGAACAAGUUUCUCCUGUCUGCUUUUGGUUUAAUUCUGCCACAUUUGGUAACAUUUUGGAUCCACGAGGUUGUCUUUCACUCCACACGCUGACUGCCUCUACCUGAUCGGCUUGUAGUCGCACAUCCAUUGUUUUGAGGAUCUCCUUUGCUACAGUUUUGAAAACAGAAACCAUUUCUUUUUUUUUUUAAAUGGGACUACAAAUGCUUGGUGCGAGGGUUGAAAUGGCGUGUCGACGAAGUGGGAAUGGAUUGGGACUCCUGCUGAUACUCUUACUGGAUUUACUGGGGUCGACGGUCAGCAAUAUGGAGCCCAUCUUCUGGAAUUCACUGAACGAAAGGUUCAAAGACGACAAGGGCUACGUUCUGUACCCUCAGAUCGGGGACCGGCUGGACCUCAUCUGCCCCCCGCUGGACACCGGCAGGUCCACGCCCGAGUACGAGUUUUACAAGCUCUACCUGGUGUCGUCACGGGAACAGGCGGACCGCUGUGAGGUGAGCGGAGCCCCCAACAUUGUGCUGACCUGCGACGAGCCCACCCGCGAACGCCGCUUCACCAUCAAGUUCCAGGAGUUCUCGCCCAACCUGUGGGGGCACGAGUUCAAGAGCAUGCAGGACUACUUCAUCAUCG